CGUUUCUCUGCAUAAAACCGGUCGCCGAACGAAAUUUCAAAAAUUCGUUAUAUUUUUUAUGGCUUCUCAAGCGAGGGGAGGAAUUUGGAGAACGGCGUCACUAGGGGUUGCUUGGUUCGUACGGCGGCUUCGCGCCUGCGCGCGUAGUUCGCGCCACUGCUACGUUGCUACUUGCUUGCAAGCCAGAUGUUCUGAAAAGCUUCCUGUCGUCGUUACAUUGCUCUGCAUUUUUAUCUUUAUUAAAAUGCGGACUAGGAUAAUUUCAUUAUUUUAUAUUGUUAGUGGAGUAUUCAGUGUUUAAUUUAAUAUGUGUUUAUCAGAUUGUGUCAUUUAAUUGAAAGUUAUUGAACGUCUCGAUGUCCACGAGUUCACUCGAGACCAACAAAGCGGCGGACAUUUUAUUUUGAGUACUCGAUAAUGUAGCAUUUGCGUCGAAAACAUUAAAUGUCGUUUUAUAGUUCUGUAUUUGGAUAUUGUUCGCUUACACCUUUUCGAUGCCGAGGGGGGUGAAGCGAGGGCCGGCGGAGGGCGAAGCUGAGGUCGUGGUACGCGUCACAGCCUCUCCGUCGCACACCACACUCCUAGAGGACAGCCCCAGCCAGCCCAUCAGCUACCACCUGCUCGACCACGGCUAUGGCGCCACGCCUCAGCACCAGAUCCGACGCGAGGCGCCUUCCGCACCGCCGAAGACUUCUGAGGCGGUGAAACGGAGAUUGAACCUGAGCGAGAGCAGUUCAGGCAGUCAGGGGCACGUGGUGCCCAUGAAGCCGGACUUCAAAACGCCCAAGCAAAAGCGAGUCAAGGUGCCCACGCCCUACAGCCGGCCGUCUAGUUCUAUGAAAAAAUUGUCUGAACGAUCCAGGUAUGACACAUCAUUAGGUUUACUUACAAAAAAGUUCGUCGCUCUACUAAAAUCAUCACCCAACGGUGUUCUAGAUCUAAACAUAGCAGCGGAGCAUCUCAAGGUGCAGAAACGACGUAUAUACGACAUCACAAACGUGUUAGAGGGAAUAGGAAUAUUAGAGAAGAGAUCCAAAAACAAUAUACAAUGGAAGUGCGGUCUGGGCGGUGCGGGCGCGGACGCCGAGGACGCGCGAAUGCGGCGGCUGCGCCGCGAGGUGCGGGCGCUGGGUGCGCGCGAGGCGCGGGUGUCGCUCGCCGUGGCCGCGGCCGAGCAGGAGCUGUCGCGGCUCACGGUCGAGCACCGCCAGCGCGCCUACAUCACGUACGCGGACCUGCGCUCCAUCAGGGACUUCAGGAACCAGACCGUCAUACCCAUCAAGGCGCCGCCAGACACCAGGCUCAGUGUACCACACCCAGAUGAGAAGGGCUAUAUGAUCCAUUUAAAAUCAAAAUCUGGUGAAAUAGAAGUCUACCUCUGUCCUAAAGAAAGGCCACCAACACCUCCACCGUCGUCAGGCAUGCUGCCGUCGGACCCUCUGCUGGAGGACAACAAGGCGCUGCUCGCGCCGCUCAUAGCGCAGCUGCAGGCCAUGCCCUCCAGCACCAUCGCCUCUGCCUUCACGACGCCCAUAAAGCGCGAGCCGGAGUCUGACGACUACGAGGCGUCGACGUCGGCGGACUGGUCGCGCAACACGGCGACGCGCGGGCCGUGCGUCACGGACCCCACGCUGCCGCACGCCACGCCCCCGCUGCGCCCCGCGCUGCUCACCCCCGUGCGCGUCACGGCCGGCGUCACCGCCCCCGUCACGGCCGGCGCGCCCGCCCCCCUCGCGCCCCCCGCGACCAGCUCGCCACCGUCCACGCCUGACAAUGGCAGCGCUCGAGGGCGGUUGCGCAACGCGUUGAUCGCGGACAGCGACGACUUCGCGCCCAUCAUGGGCGGCGGGCGCUUCCAGCUGCAGACCGAGGACCAGGAGUCAGAGCCGCUGGAGCUGGAGCCGUUCCUGGCGCUGGAGCCGCCGAUGUCCGCCAACGACUACGGCUUCUGCCUCGACCACGACGAGGGCCUGUCGGAACUUUUCGACUUCGAGUUCUAGUGAGAGUGGGACGUGACGUUUUAUAUGGUGCCCGUAUUGUACAGUGUACGUGACGUCGGCUAGAUGUCUAGCCGGACUCUACACGUGUUUGGGGUCUCCCAUUUUCAGUUCAACGACUGAUCCAGUGGUGACUCGAAACGGAGUGUAUACACUUGAGUGUAUAUUACGUGUAGCUGUUUAUUAGAGCUGCGAUUUUACGUGUGCUGAAUUGAUAGGACUAUGUAUAGCACAAUCGGUAUCGAGCGGUACCCGUGUCGGGAACGUUGCACAAAGACUCGAGAGUACGCUUAAAGUUUGUACGUUGUACGUGGUUUUUUUUUCUUUUCCGGUUCGGCCGCGGUGGUUUUUAUGGCGUAUACAUGCAAUAUAUAACAUCGAAUCUGCAAUAGAAACCGUUUUAUUUAAUUUAUUUUAAUGUUUCAAUUGUUUUUUUUUUCUGAUUAAACGGAAAUAAUAUAUUGUUCUUUGUUCGUUGGGUACAGACGUUUUCGUCUUCGAACGUCUAUGCGACUCUAAUAAGUAUGUUGGAGGGUGCUAUUUUCAGAAACCUGGCUUUUCGAAAAUGAAAGUCAUCUAGAUUUUUUUUUAAAUAAAUUUAUGCGUACUUUUGAUAUAAUAUUUAUUGAGUCGAAUAAUCGCAAUAAGAUUUAAAUAAUGAUUAUUUAUUUAAAAAAAUAUUUUAUUUAAUAGCUACAUUAUAAAAAUCCUCAACGCUUAACUUAAGGCAAUUGAAACGUGAGAAGCCGCUGAAUUUAGGUGAGUUUUUCACAGACACAUGUUUUGUGAUUGACUCCAUGCUAAAUGAAAAUCUUGGGUUUUUUUUCCAUGUCAUUGUUAAUUUCUGAAUUAUAAGUUAAACAGGACUGUUCCAAGUAUGCUCAGCUCUAAAAAUUGCACCAAAAUUGGUUUUUUUUUUCGUUUGCCCCUUAAAUAGUUCUUUAGGUUAUAUAUUUUUUUUCCUUCUUUAAAUGGUUUUAGGUUUCCAUACAAUCAUAAAAUUGUAUAUUUUUAUUAUACAUAUUUAUAAUUAAUAUCCAUGAAUAUAUAAAUAGAAACAGCGUCAAUUACAUACUUAUUACAUUUGCAUAGAUUAGUGCAGAGCGUGUUACGAGGAUGACAAAUGAUAUACUAUUGGUACCCGGGCUUGAUGAAAACUUUGUAUAUGUUUUAUUGAACGAUACGGAAAAAUAUUUCAUACUAAAUCUUAUAAAAAUAAAUGAUAAAUCAGUUCAGUGGUUAUCACCAUGAAAGUUAUCGAGUUAGCGAAUACUCAGAUGCAGCAGCGCUAUUCUGUAACAAUGUGUUUGUAACUCGAUAGCAUGAGUUGCGAAUUUGUUUCGGUCUCUCUAUCUAUAGUAUCAUGUUAGAAAGAGAGAUAGUAAUGAAUAAGAGACACACACUGUCGAGUAGUUAAGGAAUUGUUAUAGAAUAGCGUUACAGGUCUCUCGUGGCGCGCUCUGUAGUGUGAUUUCUGUUGGUUAGUGGUUCGCAGUCGCAGUGUACAUAGUAUCUCCGAACAUAAUGAUAUGGUCAAUAAAGUGGUUUCUUUAGUCGUAGCCCUCUAAAGAUAUUAUACUAAUGUUGACGUGUACGACUUUGGCAGCACUGUCAGUACUAAUGGGGUAGUUGAUUCAUAUCAAGUUUAAUAUAAACAAUAUUAAUUUCGUAUAGUACAUGGAAUAAGGGUCCGAAAUAUAUCAAUAUUAAUAAAUAUAAGUUAAGGAUUUCUCAGAAAAAAAAAAUUUAAAAUUAUGUAUUUUAAAAUUUUUUCAAACGUCAAAAAUGCUGUCCUCCAUUUUGUGACGUCACGACGUCGCUAGAGGAAUAAACGUAUAUAAAAAAAUUUUGCUUCUUUUAGUCUUGUUUUUAUUCAGAUUAGUGUUUACGUCUCAAAAAAUAUAUAAUUUAUUUUCAAUCUAGUAGAACGAUAAUGAAUAAUUAUCGUUCUACUAGAUUGAAAAUAUAAAUAAAUACUAGAUUGAAAAUAUUAAAUUUAAUAGAAGACUCUUUUAAAAAAAAAGAAUUAUAUCCUAUUAUCAAUGUAAUUGACAAAAUGUUCAGUUAGGUUGCCCUAAAGUUAUAUCACAUUACCUGUACUAUUAUAGUGUCACAAUAUUGACUACGACUAUAGCUUGGCAAAUUCGUUCGUAACACUCCCGAUACGCGGGCCGGGAGCGGGGCAGCGUCCUUUCUCCCGUCGCCCGCAUAUCAUGGGAGUGUCAUCAACCAUAACUCUACUUUAUUGACAAUAUUACUGUGUGUGGGGAGCAAGUGUCGUCGAAAUCGCCGGGGGCGCGCGGCCCGACUGUACAUAUUAUGAUGUAAUGAAUGGUGAUAUCUUAGCGGCCUUCGAUAUUAUUGUAAAGCUAGCUCUAAUGUCCUGGUUAACUAGUAGCGGGUGGGUACGGUUUGUAAUUUUUUUUUUUGCGUUUUGGGAUACUGCUUUUUCGUUUCAACAUUGCAUUGAUGAUAGAGUGGUGAUAGAGUUGCUAGUUGCAAUUCUAAGACUAAUUUAGAUGCUUCUUUUUAUAAAUUAACCAAUUGUAUAUAACGAAAAAGUCGUUUGGUAAUUUCGCACUGAAACUUUUGAUUUUUUUUAAAUUAAAUAUAUCGAGCAUGGGUCUGCUGUAUAUACAUAUGUAUAUAAUAAAUAUAAUGCUUAAAAAAGGUUAAUUCAUCAAUAGUAUCCGCGCUAAGACACGUGAUAGUAUUGGAUAUGACCUCUGCCUUCGAUUCGGAGGGCGUAGGUUCGAAUCUGAUCCGGGACAUCCUGAGGAAAUCUACAUGCCUGAGAAUUUUCUUAAUUCUCUGUGUGAAGUCUUCCAGUCCGCAUUGGGCCAGCGUGGUGGACUAAGGUCUAACCCCUCUCAUAUGUUUUGAACUAGAAAGAAAGACGUUUAUUUGAAGACGACAAUAUAAUUAAUAAUGUUAAUUAAGUUUAGUGCGCGGUUUCAUGAAAUGUUCAUAAGGCAUACGCUUGACUUCAAUAUACAACAAUAUGUUACCUUCUACUUACACUUAAUAUUCUUCAUGUUAUAUGACAAUCCCUCUGCAACACUUGGCAACCUAAUACUCGUUAACUUUUCUGUCACAAAUUAAAAAAUUAAUAUAAUUUACGGAAGUCUUUGAGACUUUAUAUCGAUUCUUGUGCCACCAUUAAUCCAUCUGAACAUAUGCGUUUCAUUCACAUGCAUUAUAAUCUAUCAUUCUGAUUGUAACAAUAAAUCCAACACUCGUCGUUCAUUCAUACAACACUACAAAACUUUUUAUGUAUGUUUAUAUUAUUAAUUUUUGGUUAUAUUAUAAGCAUAUAUUUACUUUAUCUUAAUAAGUGAAGCAAGAAUUGCGUAAACUACAAUAAAAUUGUAUAGCACUGAAUUUGAAAUGCUCAUGUCGUAUUGCGUCGUCCUUUCUAGUCUGAUGUAAAAUCUGACGGGUAAUUGUUAUUUUAACUCAAGUAAAUGAAAAGGCUGUAUCCCACUAUCGCUGACAUGUCCUAAACGAACCGUCGUUUGCCAAAUAUUUAGUUGAUAACUAUAAUGUUUUGCCAAUUUGUUUUAGCUUCAUUUGGGUUGUUAACUUGUAAAUAGAUUCCAGUAGGCCUAAGUAGCGCGCCACGAGAUAUUUAGUGAAGACAAAUAGACAUUACCGAAAAAUAUGCAUUCUCUUUCAUCCCAUCGUAACGUAAGAGACAGCAAUAUUUCAAGUCAGCCGCUAUUGACAAUAUGACAGCCGCUAUUGACUCUUCGCGAAAUAUUUCGUUGAUGCAUGCUAGGCCUGAAGGCGGGACGGGCGCGGCGGAUCGCGUAUUGUUUCCUUGUAAAAAUUGUUUUGACUAAAGUACAAAGUGCGAAUCGGUAAACCGUCUUUAUUAUUGUAGCUAUUCUACGUGGGCGAACUCGAGGGAAGGCCAACAUACGUGUCUACGGUCUCGAUGUUGCUGUCAUGUUUCCUCUGGUGGCCACGACGGACAAUAACAUUGGGAAUGACGUUAUUUUUGUAUUUUUUAAUUUUUGAUCCCUUCAACUCUCUGUGAUAGAAGUGGGUACGACAAUAAUCCAACUGUCAGAUACAGAACCCAUGACUUUUGGGUGUUAAUUCCGAUCCCUUAACUGUGAAAUUUUCGAUGCUAAUAAAUUGCCACAAUCAUUAAGCUGUCCACAUAAUCACGGGUUAUAUUCGUCCAUCAUAGCUGAACAGUUGAUGGGCCUACGUACCCACGAAUUUUAUACUUGUUAAAUCAGUUUCAAACCAAAGGCGAGAAAGGUCGAGUUAUUUCAUCACAAUGCAUUUCGUUAAAUAGUCGACUUGAAGUUUCUGCGAGUGUUCAAAAUUCGAUAUUCGAGCUUUCUAGUUCGGGUUCACCAUUCCAGCGCCUUGGGACCCCUACGUCCAUCAAACUAUGUGCCCCGCUCAUUGCCAUUUCAGCUUUCCGACUCGUUGAGAUAUGUCGGUGACGUUGGUUCUUCUGCGGAUCCCUCAUUUCUGAUUCGAUCUCACAGAGACACUCCGUGCAUAGCUCGUUCCAUCGCUCGCUGUGUGACUCUGAGCCUUCUUAGCCGAGACUUGGUCACUAAAUAUGGGCCUAUAUUUAGUGACCAAGUCUCGGAACCAUAGGUGACUUCGCCAACGUAGAACAAUCGCAUAUUUAUAAGUAGUCCGUCAGUGUCCCGUCUCGUUAAUAGUGUACAGCACAAAUGUCAUUGUAAAAAGAUAUACAUAAGUGCAUAUCAAAAUAAAUGUAAAAUUAGAAUUAAUUUAAAAACACGUAGGCGUUUGGAUGAUGCGUUGGGACAGGUUUGAGGACCCGUGGCCUUAGUACGAGAUUGCACAUUUCGCGAGCGGUGGCUAUGAAACUAUAAUAAAAACUGAGUAAAAAAAAUAUUACUUGUUUUAACUCCGUAGACAGCCGAUGCACUUAGGCUCAGUCCAGAAAGGGCGAAUUCGCCCCGAUUCUCUCACGCGUAUUACGCGCGACCGUUGCGUCCACAAGGUGCGUACCAACGCGCGAGCAUUUGGGGAGGAAUUCAGUACGAAACAUGGAGUUGAACGUGCACUUGAGUUCGCGCGUUAACUGGACGCAACAAGGCGUCCCUAGUAUUUCGACUCGCGCGCAAUACGCGCGAAUCAAGCGCGUGUCGAGAGUGGCGUAGUGCACGCGAUUUACGCGCGUAUUUUGAAUUCGCGCGAUGCUUGUGGACGCGAUGUAUUGAUGUCUAGUACUUCCAAAACGCGCCUAUGAUAUGGCGCGAUACGAUUCGCGACGAAUUCGCCCCUUCUGGACAAGGACUUAGCGGAAAUAUUGUGAAACCAAAAUUAAAAAGAUAUACUUCAAGCUAUGGAAUAUAAGGUUAAUUUUUCUUAGUAUUUUGUAUUUUGAUAUACUGAAAAAGUCUAUGCAAGGUGUGCUUGCUUCGUAGUAAGGGUAUUGGUCGGUUCACGUGCCGGGGGUUGACUACUAAAAUAUGAAUUUAAAUACCACUUAUCUAAAACAUGCUAAUUUUUUAAAUCAAAAAUAUCGUUAUUACCCAUCUUAAGUUAUACAUAUUUUCGUGUAUUUAUUAAAAAAUUAAAAAGGGAAUAGUGAAUUAUCUGAUCUGUGAUCUAAAUUAAAUUAAUUUCUUUUCAGUCUUGUACUUUAUGCUAUGUGUCAAACAUCUAGUCCGUUGUGAAGUUGCAACACGCCUAACGACCCAGGAAUAUGCUCUGUUGGGAUAUGUUUUUGAUGUUUUUCAUAACUUAUCAUAUUAUUUGCCUCGUGUUCACAGUGGACUAGUAGUUUGGCGCAUAUACCACUACAGAAACAUUUCGUUAGACAAUAGUUUUUUUUAUGAUAGAAAGUUAAAAUUUGUUCUAAAUUUAUCGUGAUGAAACGAUUUUCACUAUCACGAUUAUUGUGCAUGAAUAAUCGAGUAUUGUCGAUAAUAAACAAUAAUGUAAUUCGAGAGAACUAGAAGAAAAGAUAUUGCUACCUUGUUUCAAACAAGCCUUUCAAGAUAUUUGGACAGUAAUAUAUUUUUAUCUUCCAUCAUUGGAAAAUAUAUAAUUUCAGAGCAAUUUUGAGCAAAAUAUCUGACUGUUAACAAAAUAAUAAAUAGAAACUUUAAACAAAAUUUAUAAAUAAAAGCUAGAUAAUCGCAAUGAUAAUAAUAAUCGUCAACUAGGAUAAAUCGUUUCAUCACAACGCACUAUAACUGGAAAUGACGUCCUAAAAUUUAGUUUAAUUAAAUAUUUUUCUUUAAAAUGGACGAAAAUCAAUACUCUAUGUUAAAACAAUGAAAUUUGAAAAUGAAUUUUUAGACGCUUUUUUUCUUUUAUCGACUUUUAGUUAUUUAGAUUAAUCUUGGAUUUUGGAUUAGUUUUUUUUGAGUUUAGUUUUCUUUAUCACAGAGGCAGAAGUGAACAUCUAUAUUUUUUUUUAAAUUAUUUUGCUUGUGUCAAUGUUGCAAUCGUCUUUUUAAGUUUAUGAAUGUUGAUAAAGUUAAAUAUACUAAGAUCGAUUGACUGAUUUCUUAAACUUAUCUAUUUAGUUAAGACAAAAAAUUAUUCAAAAGUUUUAGUGCUAUUAUUAUGUUAUCCUUUGCUUUGAUUUUUUGAUUAUACUUUUUGUCAAAUUAUUAUUAUUAGUGACACAAAUUCUGGGGCCAAAACAAACGAGAAAAAGAAGUACAAAUUAAUCAAAAAUUUUCUCGGAAAUUUAGUUAAGACUUCUCUACUACUAUCAUCAUUUCAUCAUCCAUUGUUUCUUUACUUUUAGUUUUCACAAACUAUAAUGUUUUGUUACACUGUUAUGUUUUGUUUCGAAUGGUGGAAAUGUGCAUCUACAUUGAUCAUUAAUUUAUUUUAUAGAUUUAUUUGAAGUUUGAACCAUAUUAAUAAGUGACGAAGACUUAUUGCAGCUGAAUAGUGAGAUUAUAAAAACAAUUAUUGUGGUAAUUUUUGUGGGUUAAAAUAUUUUCAACGGCUACCAAAACUAUAACCCUGCGGUUUAGUCUUUGUGAUUUAUUAUAAUGAUUCUACUUACACUUUGGAAAUUAUUUGAAAUGUAAAAAUAAUAUUGUACACUAUGUUGUCUUACGGAAGCCUUUUCUUCUUUGGAGGUCCUUUGCACUUGCUGUUACUGUUGAAUGAUGUGAAAAGGAGAUGGAUUUAUUUCAAAUAUUGGGUCCCAGGCUAUUAACAUGAAUGAUUCUGAGUUCCUAUGGUUUGAAAGCUAAAGAUAGAUGUAUUUACAAGAAUGGAUCAAUAAAAGCUAUCGAAAAAUAUUCUAGGCCAAUUUAGUUUAAACUAAAACUGUAUUAUUGUACAUUUUUGAAAAAUAUAUUUACAAUAGGACAUGAUCUCAUUCAGUUUGUAAUCAUACUAGUAUUAUAGUAUAAUCUUGUAUGAGGAUUGAAAAAUGUCAAACAAUCACAAAUUAAGCAUGUCAUAGUAAAUAGAUAGUUUAUAUCAAUUUCGAAAGAAAUCACUCCUCAAUUUGUUCUACACCUGUAUUAAUAAAUCCAUGUUGGAUUUAAACACAGUAUUCUGUCUCUGAAAGUGAUAGCCAAUAGCAUGUAACUGCAAGUGCAAAGGCAUCUAUGUAUUGGAUGUUGGAAAAAGGUAUUCUGAACUCAUGCCCUGACUACAGAGGUUGGCCUUAUUUCAAUUUUGAGUUCCUUUGUUAUUGGAUACGGACGAGGUGACAAUGUCGGUCUAUUUAUUAAAUUGUAAUAUAUAAGAUAAACCUCAUACUUUACGCUUAUCAUAGAAGUCGUAUUGUAGUUCAUUCUGAAUGGACUUUAAUGACCUCUUGGAAUGAACUGCCAGAGCAACCAUUGUAUAAAAAAAAACUGUUACAACGAUUUUAGUCCGUACAGAGACGAUGCGUCGAUUCGACGUACACACAGGGUCCUAAUGUAGUAACAUGUUUCAAUUCAGACAAUAUUUUGUUCAAAAGGCGUUGUUGGUUUAUUCUUAUUUGCUGGUAUGGUAGGUCUACCGAUAUAAGUCAAUUAUAAUCCCAUCUUAUGUUCCCAUCUAAAGUGUUUUUCAGAUAGCAUGAGUGACAGUUGCCUUAUGACGUUCAUAAUACGUACUAUUAUCGUGAAUCGAGGCAAACUUUCAAAAGUGCAACGAACUGUCACCGUGCCCAUGCUAUCUGAAAAAUACUAAGACUUAGUUGGAGUGGAAAGGAAAAAACAAUCCUCACUGACUUGACUAUGAAAUAUUUAUUUUUAUGGAAAUUUUCCUCUCGUCUGCUUAAAACAAUUACUGUUGUUUUUUUGCUACAAAUUUAAACAAGUACUUACACAUCUAUAAUUUUUUUAACCAGCUAUUAAUUAAGUGGUAUUAACUACUUGAUUAAAAGAAAAAGAAUAAACCAUCACAAGCAGAGCAUCUCUUACUGUAUAACAGAUGUGUUUCAAUUGGUUUUAUUGUAUUGAUGGAUUACUGUAUAAUUAAACUUUGUUUGAAUAGAUUCUUAUGUUGCUUUUAUAAAUGUCGCACUAGCCGCAUCAAAGCGUUUAAACUGCGUCCGCUUUGCGGUUUGCACCCGACCAAUAGGCUAGUUGACAUUUUUUUAAAUGGUCUUAAUUAGUUAUUACUGUUAUACUAGACUGAAAUAUUUUUUUGAGACGUGAUUACGUGAAAAUUUUAGUUUUUAAAUAUGUUUUUGAAAAUACGAGCUAAAACGCCUGUUUCAUGACGUCACUACUAUAAAUCCCAUACAAAUGGAGCGUUUAACAAAAAUAGUUAACAAUUAGUUCGACGUUGGUGUGUUAGUGACGUCACAAAAUGACGUGAUAUUUAAAUUAAGUUUAAAUCCUUAACUUUUAUUAUUUGAUAACGAUAUAUUUCGGACCCUUAUUCCAUGGUUACACGAAAUUAAUAUGGUUUAUAUUAAAUUUGAUAUAAGUCAACUACCCUAUACUCAAGCCAUGGUAAGAAAUUGGUCAGAUGCAAAAUGCAGGUUAGGCUCUUUGGUAGGCGUUCGCUUUGUGGAAUGAACCGCAUUACUGAUGAAUUCACUUGUUAAUGCUUUCUUACUUUGGGUAAUGAGUUAGCGCACUUUGGCAUUGUUCAAUAAAUAUAGAGCUAAGCUUUAUUAAAACUGUUGCCGCGGAAGGCCGCGUUAAUUCGUUUGUCUGUGGUUUUGAAUGUUUUCAUAGUUGGAAAAAGUUUCAAUGGUCCCUCAGCCGAAUUUGUUUGAAAUUCAACAUUGAAUUCGUCGACAAUUUUUAGGUGCAUAAUUCAGAGAAAAUGUGAACAAAAAACAAAUGUUUUGAUGCAUUAAGCACAAUUUUACGGACUGACAUAGGUAUGAUGAUAAUAAUGAACGAAGUAGUUUAUUUAUUCAAUUGAGACAAAUCCAGUAUUUCACCCAUUCAUAACUUCUAAGAAAACUUGAAACACUGUAUUUAUCGUGCAAAAGAAACUUGAAUUUUACAUUUUGAGCAAUUUUUGAGAAAAUCGUAUUUUCGGGUAAUUGAGCUAUGUUUUGGUGAAUGCUAUCACUUGAGCAAUUACUGGGUUUGGACAGAUAAAUUCGACAGUGGGACUAUUUGUUAUAUUAUUGUAUAGUGAAGUUACAUGUACAUUUAUACGUUGAUGUGCGGCCCGCCUCGGCCAUGUUACAUAACCAUUGGCAAUGACACUUUAAUUUUAGUUUUAACUGCGAAACAUGAAUGUAAUUGUAAUAUGGACAUUUUGGACAUGUUUUUGUGUAAUACCCAUUUUGGUUCAAUGUAAAAUUGAAGGUGCAAUGUUAUAUAAUGUAUGUGUGGAGUGCGCGGAACAUUACAGUUGUUCGCAGUUGUUGGCAAGAGGUUCGGUUGGUAUUCAUUUGUGUUGGAAGACUGAGGUUGAUUAUUCCAGAUUCGACGGACGUGAAGUUAUUUGUUGAUUGAAUUUAAAUAUAGUCAUAUAUAUAGUUAGGUUAUAUUUUUUAAUAAAUAUAAUAUUGAGAUAUGUAAUAUAAAAA